AUGAGUCAUUUUAAAAUUCCCACAGAUUUAGAUGGUGGAUUGUAUUUUUUUGGUAAUAGAAGGACAACUAUUGAUUCAGAAAAAUUUUUUAACGUUUAUGAACAAAGAAUAGGUAAAAUUCUCACUAAAUGUCCUAUUAGUGAUAAGAUAACUGUUGAUGAAAUUGUUAGUUAUUCAAAUGAGGCUCAAAAAAGUUGGGGUUCAAUGACUCCUCUUGAAAGAGGACAUAUUUUAAGAAAAGCUGCAAAUAUUAUUAGGGAUCAUCACAAAGAAAUAGUUGAUUGGGAAGUUAAAACUAAUGGCAAACCUAAACGUGAAGCUAUUUUUGAUAUUUAUCAAUCGGCUGAUACACUUGACUUUUAUGCUGGUAUUGCACCUCAAGCAUUACUUGGUAAUUUCUUCCCACUUCUCAAUAAUAAACAUGCUUACACAACAAGAGAACCUUUUGGUGUUGUUGGAGCUAUUGGUGCAUGGAAUUAUCCAUUUCAAACUGCUAUGUGGAAAAUAGCACCAGCUUUGGCUGCAGGAAAUUCUGUUGUUUAUAAACCUAGUCCUUUCUCUCCAGCAUCUCCUGUUUUGAUUGGUGAAAUAUUAGCUGCUGCUGGUUUACCACCAAAUGUUUAUUGUGUAAUUCAAGGUGAAGGAGAAACAGGUCAAGCUUUAGUAGAAAAUAAAUUAAUAAAAAAAGUUUCUUUUACUGGUUCUGUUACAACAGGACAAAAAAUUCAAGAAGCAUGUGCUAGAAAAAGUAUAAAACCAUGUACAUUAGAAUUAGGUGGUAAGAGUGCUUUAAUAAUAUGUGAAGAUGCAUCCAUUGAUAAUGCUAUUUCUUGUAGCAUUUUAGCUAAUUUCUUUAAUCAAGGACAAGUUUGUACAAAUGCUACUAGAGUUUUUGUUCAUAAAAACAUGAUUCAUGAUUUUACAAAAUCUCUUUUAAUUGAAUUAGAUAAAAUUUUUGUUGUUGGAGAUCCUAUGGAUGAAAAAACUAAUGUUGGAGCAACAAUAAAUGAAGAACAUUUAAACAAAGUUAUUAGUUUUGUUGAAAGUGCCAAAAAAGAAGGUGCAACAAUUUUAAGAGGAGGUUAUAGAGUUAAACCAAAAGGUGUUGAAAAUGGUUUUUAUUUUGAGCCAUGUGUUAUUGGAAAUGUAACAAAUGAAAUGAAAGUGGCUCGUGAAGAAAUAUUUGGAGCAGUUAUGUUACUUAUUCCUUAUGAAACAGAAGAAGAAGCUAUUAAUCAUGCUAAUAAUACAGAUUUUGGGCUUGCUGCAGGUGUAAUUACAAAUGACUUGGCUAAAGCUCACAAAAUUGCUCAAAAACUAGAAGCUGGAACAGUAUUUAUUAAUACUUAUAACGAUUGUGAAAUUCAUGUUCCAUUUGGUGGAAUGAAAAACAGUGGGAUAGGAAGAGAGAAUAGUCUUUCAGCGCUUCUAUCUUAUACUCAAGAAAAAACAGUUUACAUUAAUCUUAGCUCAAAAAUUGAUCAUGGUUUUUAA